AAUUUUGAUUACUACUGAACAUUAUACGAAUUUUUAUCGUUUCUGCAGAACUACAAAAACUAGUUCUCGAGCGCGACGCUAGGUAAAUUUCAUCGUGGUCGUGGGGCUCCUUCAUGAAGAUUCAAAUGAAUGUUGCCUCCGUGGUUCGGCAAAUUUGCAGAAACUUGCAUGUGAGCAAGAUUCGGCACGCAGAAUCUUUAAAACAGAUACUAGCAUCGAGCAAACCAGACGAAAAGAUCGAGGUCAAGGGUUGGGUGAAGGCGCUACGUAAGCACAAGGAUGUUGUUUUUCUGGACGUUUCGGACGGGACUGUUGCGUCUAAGCUUCAAGUCGUGCUUCCUGCGGACAACAUGAGGCCGGACUUAUCCUGCGGGUCGUCUGUGAGUGUUGUGGGAAGCCUGGUUCCGAGCCGGCACAAGGCACAGGACGUCGAAAUUCAUGCCGACGAGGUGACUGUCCUGGGCCCGUGUGACGUCGAGAAAUUUCCCUUCAGGCCCCGCAAGAACUAUGCCCCGGACUACGUGCGCAGUUUCCUCCACCUUCGACCGCGGCUGUCCCAGGAGGCCGCGUUGCUGCGAGUUCGGAGCGCCGCCCUGGUGGCGGUGCACUCGGCCUUCCAGGCAGAGGGAUUCUUCCACGUUCACACCCCGGUGAUAACGUCCAACGACUGCGAAGGGGGCGGCGACGUCUUCAGCGUCAAGCCCCUGAAGCCGGCAAGUCAGGCAGCCGAGGAAUCGAAAGGCACAAAGGAGGAUGCUGCCGCCAGGGAGCACUUUUUUGGUGGUCCAGCGUUUCUGACGGUGUCUGGCCAGUUGCACCUAGAAGCCGCCGCCAUGUCCCUGUCGAGGGUGUACACGGUGAGCCCCACCUUCCGUGCGGAAAACUGCAACACGAGGCGGCACCUGUGCGAGUUCUGCAUGGUCGAGGCUGAGGAGGCCUUUCUUGACAGCCUGGACGCGCUCAUGGAUCGUACAGAAUUGCUGGUGAAGAGGUCGUUCAAUCACGUCCUUGGCUCCGCGGAGCAAGAUGUAGACCUGGUCACGAGAGAGGCCCCCGCCGGUCACGUCAAGACGGUGGCGGCAGCCCUUGACGAGCCGUUUCCGAGGUUGACAUACAACGAGUGCAUCGGGUACCUGAAGGCUGCGGACAACCGGGCAUUCUCGCACAGCGUGCAGUGGGGAGAUAACCUGAAAACAGAACAUGAGGAAUUCAUUGUGAAGCACUGUGGCAAUCGUCCCGUAUUUGUGACCCACUUUCCAGCCAGCCUCAAGCCAUUCUACAUGAAGAGGGACAGCACUGGAAAUCUGGUGGAGGGAUUCGACCUGCUCGUCCCGUAUGGCGGAGAGCUUUGCGGAGGAAGCCUUCGUGAGGACAGCUACGAAGUCUUGAAGGAGAGGAUGGAGGCUCUGGGCAUGUCUGAAAACUUCUCCUGGUACCUGGACCUGAGGGAGUUCGGAUCGGUGCCCCACGGAGGCUUCGGACUGGGAUUUGACCGGAUGCUGCAGUACUUCCUGGGCAUCCACAACAUCAAGGACGUGGUCACUUUCCCCCGGUGGUCCAGGCACUGCCAGAUGUAAUGGUUGUCCCGAGACUCCUUUAGUUUUACUGUGGUGCCUGGGACGUGUCUCCGACCGGUGCGUUUACUGCAUCCUGAAAAGUGGUCCUUCGAUUUCCGCCUAAUGACGUGGGGGAAGCGUCGUGUCGUGGCCGGCCGCCACCCUGGCGGUAUUGCGGCGGCAUGGGGGACGUUGCUGACAUCUGUUAACUGCUACAGGUCACUCUUCAGCUUGACAGUCCACGGAAGCUUCGGCGGCUAGGACUCGGGCACCCCGCGACAACAGCGACAGUGGCAUUCCUGCUUUUUUUUUUUAAUUUAAUUGUUAGGAUUUUGACAUUUACCAGCAUGAAACUUUGGCUUUUGUGAUGCCGUUUGUUGCCAAUUCGGGACCACCUUCGAUGCACGGGCGGAAUGCCAAACACAGCAGUUUGGGACGCGUUCCAGGUGCCAUAGUUUCACAUAGGAAUAAUAAACGCAUAGCCAAAAGAGCACGGCAAAUUUCUGGUUCAUUAGGGGUCAUGCUUGAAGAGAAGGGGGCGUCUGCUGAGGGAAGACAUCACAAGCAAAUCAUUGCCUGGAUCUUUUUUUUGUUGAUCUAAUAUUUGCUUUGUCACCAAAAACUAAGCAUUCCUUUCUAAAAAGCUGAUGUGUGUAAUUUUUCUUUUAUUAAAGAAAGGGUUGACUUCGGAGGUUUGAGAAAGAACUGUGGCUUCCCAGCUGCGCAGCGUGGACCGAAUUCGACAUGGAUGUUAUAGUGGGCUAGAGGGGAGGUACGGUGGUUGAUUGCUUCUCCCAGCGGCUAGAGCAAUCCCAAGCUUCGUGCCACUUGCUGUCACCAGUAAGCUGCAGCAACACCACGGCAGAAAAGACCAGUUAUUCCUUUGGGAAUUUGCUUCUAAAUAAAAUGAAGCAAACAGGGAUGUGUCCCCGUGUACGGUUGAACGGUGCCUCUGGAGAGCGUAAUAGAGGGUGUUUCCAGUCAGAUUGUGCAAUGAGGGUCCGGGUCAUGUUCUUUAUAUGUAUGUUAAAUAUACAUUAGAGCCAUGUUCUUGAGGGGAGAAGUUGGCCAUAUGCAAACGCCGUAGCUAAUUUUCUCCCGGAAAUGUAAAAUUUCGAAGCUCAAGGCGUGGACGUUGCCAAUUAAGGUUUCGUUGUGGUACUUUGAAUAGCCGUUAAUUUCGCCCCGAAGCAAGCAUGUAUUGAUACUUUUUUCUACUUGCUUUAUGAAAGGAUUACGACAUGUACACAUAAUAUUAAAAACUACAAUAAAAGAUUUUGAAGGAAAAAA